UUAAUCCUCACCAAUUGCCUCUUAUCAAACUACAUUGACUUCUUUCAAACGUUUGAGAACCAAAAAUAAAACAUACUACAAGAUGGGUAAAGGAGGAAUUUCUCAAGAAAGCCAUGGCGAAGAGAAUAGGGCAGCUUGGCUUCUUGGUGUCAACAACCUCAAAAUUCAGCCCUUCAAGCUCCCUUCCCUCGGUGCCCUCGACGUUCGAGUCAGAAUCAAAGCUGUUGGUAUCUGUGGAAGUGAUGUUCACUACUACAAGCACAUGAGUUGUGGAGACUACCAAGUGAAAGAGCCAAUGGUAAUCGGACACGAAUGCGCCGGGAUCAUAGAAGAAGUCGGAACCGAGGUGAAAUCGCUGUUGCCCGGUGACCGCGUCGCGCUGGAACCCGGCAUCGGUUGCUGGCACUGCAACCCUUGCAAAGAAGGCCGCUAUAACCUAUGCCACGACAUGAAGUUUUUCGCAACUCCGCCAAUCCACGGUUCCCUUGCCGAUCAGAUAGUGCACCCUGCAAGCCUAUGCUUCAAGUUGCCCGACAAUCUGACCUUAGAGGAGGGUGCGAUGUGCGAGCCCCUCAGCGUGGGCGUCUAUGCGUGUCGCCGAGCCAAUGUUAGUCCCGAAACCACCGUUCUGAUCCUCGGUGCUGGACCCAUUGGGCUGGUCACAUUGCUCGCUGCUCACGCUUUCGGAGCGCCUAAAGUCGUGGUCGUGGAUGUCGACGACCACCGCCUCUCGGUUGCCAAGGAACUCGGCGCUGCCGCAGUUGUGAAAGUUUCAUCAGAUAUUCAGGAUGUGGAUAAAGAAGUUGAAGAGAUCGAGAAAGCCAUGGGGGGUGCGGUGGAUGUGACUGUGGAUUGUUGUGGAAUGAGCAAAACCGUUUCCACUGCUCUAGGGGCUACUGCUUCCGGUGGUAAAGUUUGUGUUGUUGGAAUGGCUCAUUGCCAAAUGACUGUGCCUCUCACUCCUGCUGCUGCAAGGGAAGUGGACGUGGUUGGCGUUUUUCGGUACAGGAACACCUGGCCGCUGUGCAUCGAGUUUUUGAGCAGUGGAAAGAUUGAUGUGAAGCCGUUGAUCACGCACAGAUUCGGGUUUACGCAGAAGGAGGUGGAGGAGGCGUUUGAAACCAGUGCUCGCGGUGGCAGUGCCAUUAAAGUCAUGUUUAAUCUUUAGAGUGGUGUUUCUCUGGUAGCAGCAGUGGUUGGUAAUUAGGUUAGGUUCAGUAGUUAAGGGUUGUUUUUGCUGCUGUGAAUAAUUUCCUCUUAAACUUCAGGAAGAGUUUUGGCAUUUUUUU